AUGCUACUGGCGUCUGCGGUGAUAUCUGUCUUCUUGGGUGACAUACACGACGCUAUCAGUAUAUUUUUCGCAGUGCUCUUAGUCGUCACAGUUGGGUUUUACCAAGAAUACCAAUCCAACAAGGCUAUUGACGCCCUCAGUAAGCUGCUUCCCAAAUACGCCCACCUCAUUCGAGGCGUUUCAGACUAUAGAAGAAAGCACGGGCGAAGAAGCGAUUCCUUUUCAAGUGAAGAUCAGCCAAAGACUCCCAUAUCCCCUCAAUUUGCCGACACCGCCUCAGAAACGGUGCCUGCGCGACUGUUAGUACCCGGUGACCUUGUCAUAUUUUCCACUGGUGAUCAAGUACCCGCCGAUGUGCGACUCACAGAAGCGACAGACCUGACAAUCGACGAGUCGAACUUAACUGGUGAGAAUGAACCCACCCAAAAACAAUCGGAUGUUGUCCGACCUUCAAAUCACAAUCGACAAGUGAAUGAUGAUAGACCUGCAACUCCUUCAGACUUCACCUCUCCAGCAGCUGGUACUGUUGGCGUUGACGUGAGCCUGACUGAGCAAGUCAAUAUUGCUUUCCAAGGGACAAUGGUGCGAUCGGGGCAUGGAAGAGGUAUUGUGGUUGGCACAGGGAAAUCCACCAAAUUCGGCGCCAUAUCAGCCUCUCUGCGGGGAAUAGAGAGUCCCCGCACACCUCUGCAACAGGCAAUGGAUGUCCUAGGUCAACAACUCACUUACAUGGCUCUGAUUGUGAUAACGCUGAUUGUUCUUAUUGGAUGGCUUCAAGGUAAAGCCAUAUUCGAGAUGUUCAAGAUUGGCAUAUCGCUUGCUGUAGCAGCGAUACCUGAGGGACUUCCUCUCACAGUUUCCGUCACCUUGGCCUUAAGCGUUCGAAGAAUGUCAAAGCGCGGUGCAACUGUCAAGAAGAUCCCUCAUGUGGAGACCCUGGGUUCAGUCAAUGUCGUCUGCAGUGACAAAACAGGCACUUUGACCCUAAAUCACAUGACUGUCACAAAGAUAUGGCAUUUUGACGCACCUUCCGUAAUUGAUGUCAACAAAGACUUUGCGUCUUCAAGCCCAGACCAGGCCACUCGCACCGUUAUGCGCAUCGGAAAUGUGGCUAAUAACGCUCGCUUGUCCAGGAAUCACUCGAGUACUCCUGCAUCCGCAUCCUCUGCAGCCAUCAUGUCAUCAACAUUGGGCCAUGAUCCCGAUUUAGUAAGCGCAAAGAGUCGAUGGGUGGGACAACCAACUGAUGUUGCGCUACUGGACCUCAUGGAUACGUUCGGCGAAGACGAUAUCCGUGAACACCUUGGCACUCGAACCGCUGAAACUACGUUCAGUUCAGAGAGAAAAUGGAUGGGAGUCAUCGUCAGCCACAAUCAAGGUUCCGAUCACGGUAGUGGCAUUGACGUACCGUAUAUUAAGGGUGCUUUAGAACAGAUCCUGAAGCGUUGCGACACUUACCUUUCGAAAGAUGGUCGCGAGAUCAUUCUGGACGAACAAAGGCGGAAAGAGGCCAUCGAUGCUGCUGAAUCAAUGGCUCAGCAGGGUCUUCGUGUUCUAGGAUUUGCCAGUGGCAGUAGUAGAGACGCUCUGAAGUCAAAUAGAGCAAUCAGCCGCAGCGGUACGCCUAGACCAGGGGCUACUGCAAGUACCAGCAAACCUGCUGACGAAGAGACCUACAACGGCCUCGUAUUUGCAGGCAUGGUUGGUAUGAAUGACCCGCCAAGGAAAGAUGUUGACAAGUCAAUGCGAAGACUCAUGAAAGGAGGCGUCAAGGCAAUGAUGAUUACUGGAGACGCUGAGACAACAGCCUUGGCAAUUGCAAGGCGAAUAGGCAUGCCACUUAGUACUCCGAGGGAUGGUUAUCGACCUGUUCUCAGGGGUGAUGAGCUCGAUCGGAUGUCAGAAGAUGAACUUGCGAAUGCCAUGGCGCAGACGUCAAUCUUUGCGCGAACCAGCCCAGAGCACAAGCUCAAGAUCGUCAAAGCUCUGCAGAAGCGUGGUGAUAUCAUUGCCAUGACAGGUGAUGGUGUCAACGAUGCCCCUGCAUUGAAAAAGGCAGACAUUGGUAUUGCAAUGGGCGUGCUUGGCACUGACGUCGCGAAAGAGGCAGCAGAUAUGGUCUUGACUGACGACAAUUUUUCAACGAUCCUUGUGGCGAUUGAAGAAAGCAAGGGCAUCUUUUACAACAUCCAAAACUUCCUGACAUUUCAGCUAAGCACUAGUCUCGCUGCGUUAACGCUUGUCUUCGUCAGCACUGCUCUUGGAUACCAGACCCCUUUGAAUCCAACACAAAUACUAUGGAUUAAUGUUUUGAUGGAUGGUCCACCGGCUCAGUCUCUUGGAAGAGAGCCAGUCGACCCCUCAGUUAUGCAUCGACCUCCACGCUCGAAAGGCGACAAAGUCCUAACCCGGCGCGUUCUUUAUCGAGUUAUGACGUCCGGAAUCAUCAUCAUGCUAGGUACAUUACUAGUCUACCGUUAUGAAAUGGAUGCAGACAAUACUGUCAGCAAGCAUGACACGACUAUGACAUUUACUUGCUUCGUCUUUUCAGACAUGUUCAACGCCCUGACCUGCAGGAGCGAAAGUAAAAGCGUUUUAUUUGGCGAAGUACAGCUUUUCCGGAACCGCAAUUUCAACUACUCAGUUGGUCUAAGUUUACUGGGACAAAUGGCCAUUGUCUACCUUCCUUUCUUUCAAGCAUAUGCGGACACAGAAGGCUUGGGUUUUCGGGACUUGGCUCUCUUGUUAUGCAUAGCGAGCACUGUAUUCUGGGUUGACGAAGGUCGAAAAUUCCUCAAGGCAAGGGAUAGAAGGCGGAGAGGAUUAGGAGGCUACAGUGCCAGUGUAUAA